ACAGGGAAGAUGGUGGACUUUAGCGAACCGUUUCGGCUUGUUUUUGGCGCCUUGCAGAAAUAAUUCGUAGUAACUUUCACGCAGGUGUAUUUUUUUCUGCGUCGCAAUGUUUAAGAAAGCGAAACGGUGCAAUUUCAGGCGCCGGAACGAUUCCGACGACGAGGAGAAAGAGUUGGGUCAGGACGAGCCGAGCGAGGAGGCGCAGCAGCCAUGCGGGCCCGGCGGGGACAGCUCACAUACACCCGCCGCCGAAACCCUCUCAACCGCACCGCAUACUCUCAACAGCCAUGGAAAUGGAGUACAGGCGGGAGCCGUGAAGCUUCUCAAAGACAAGAAAAAGAAGAAGGAAGCCCGAGAUGAACCGAAAGCCAGUUUACUCAGCUUCAACGAUGAAGAAGAGGACACUGAAGUGUUCAGAGUGAAGAAAUCCAAUCACAGUAAGAAGAUCGUCAAACAACUCAAGAAGGAAUACAGAGAGGAAAAGAUCCAUGUUGUGCAAGAACACCCACGCCACGAUGGUGUUCAGUGUCUGUCUGGAGUGAGUGUUAAGGAGGAGGCAGUGGAUAGCAGAGGCAGCAGUGAACAAGGUGAAGGUGAGAUGGAGGUGGACAGUAAUGAUGAACAGGAUGAAGAAACUGAAAACCGGCAGGGAGGAAACUUCUCUCAGGCCCUGUCUGCUCUCAGCUCCCUCAGACCAGGUGAGAUCCCAGACGCAGCCUUCAUUCACGCAGCCCGUAAGCGCAGGCAGAUGGCACGAGAACUUGGAGGCGAGCCUCCGCUUGUGGAGGCCGAGGCGUCAAAUAAGCGGCUGGUCCAUGAAGACGAACAAGGUGGAAGUGACGAUGAAGAUGAGAAGAGGAUUGUGUUCAGCGGCGUCAAGCAGAAGACUCAGCGUCAGAAAAUAGCUGAAGAAAUUGGUAUUGAGUGCAGCGAUGAUGAGGCCUUAAAUACUGAAGGUAAUGAUGAGGAAGUCAGUCGCUGGGAGCAGGAGCAGAUCCGGAAAGGCAUUAGCAUUCCUCAGGUCCAAACCAGUCAGCCAGAGGAUGCGAGCAUGUAUUACCAAACUGGCUAUGAGAACCACCAGUAUGCUGCAUCAUAUAGCAUGCCAUACGGAUACGCAGCACUCGGCCCAGAAAGUGUAAAGCCUGUGAAAGCGGAGAACACUGUGCCCUACCCAAUUCCCAGCAGCAGCCUUAAUCCCAUCACUACUGCUCUGGUAAAGAAACGGCUCAUGGACAGGCUGAGCUCGAUGCGUCAGGGUCGCGAUGCCAGCGCCCGGCGCUACGAGCAGAUCCAAGAAGAGCUGCAGGCUUCGGAUAAUAGCAUCCUGCAGCUGGAGGAUUCCUCACAGCAUGCCGCUGAGCAGUAUAAAUUCUUGCAAGAAAUGCGAGGGUAUGUCCGAGACUUGCUUGAGUGUUUCAGCGAAAAGGUGCCUGCUGUUCUGGAGCUAGAGGCUGCAAUGCACCAGUUACUAAGGCAACGGGCGGUGCGGCGAGUCCAGAGAAGACAGGAUGAUAUUAAAGAUGAAUCAGCGGAGUUUUCGAGCCUUUCAAGUAAAGCCGUUAUGGCCCCAAAUAUGGACCCCUUUGGCCGAGAUCGUGCAGCCUAUCAGGAGCUUAGCAGACAGAGGAGGGUAGCAGAGCGUGAGGCCAGGAGAGCUCGGCGCAGACAGGCUCGAGAACAGAGUGGGGCAAGAGCUGAGCACAAGGAGGGACUGUCAAGUGAUGAUGAAGAGACAUCGACUGAUAUAACAAGCUUUAACCUAGAGAAAGAUCGUAUACUAAGAGAAUCGAAAAAAGUGUUUGAGGAUGUCGUAGACGAUUUCCAUUCCUUAAACUGCAUCAAAACACGGUUUGAAGUGUGGAAAAAACUUUACUUCACGUGCUACAGAGACGCUUACAUCGGCCUAUGCCUCCCAAGACUUUUCAACCCCCUGAUCAGACUGCAGCUAAUCCCAUGGUCGCCUUUGGAGGAGGACUGCCCGAACUUUGAGUACAUGCUAUGGUUUGAGACACUGCUGUUCUAUGGCUAUGAGGAGCAGAGCACUGAGCACCAGGAGGACAUUGACAGUAGUCUCUUACCUGCUAUCGUUGAAAGGGUGGUACUCCCCAAACUUGCAGUGCUAGCAGAGCAGGUGUGGGAUCCCUUGUCCCACAGUGAGACAUACAGGCUGGUGGCCUUCAUGCGGCGACUAAUAAAGGGUUACCCUACCAUUUUACACGGAGACAACCGCAACACACAGGAGCUGCUGAGGACAAUUGUUCUACGCACAAGACGGACAUUGGACGAGGACAUUUUCAUGCCACUGUUUCCUAAAAAUGUCAUGGAAAACAAGAACUCCAGUCCUUAUCUGUUUUUCCAACGGCAGUUCUGGUCCUGUGUAAAGCUUCUGAGAAACAUUCUGCAGUGGGAUGGCAUCUUAUCUCUGAACAGUUUAAAGGAGCUUGCUAUUGACAGCACACUGAACCGCUAUAUUCUCUCAGCCUUGCAGUCCACAGAUGUUGGAGAGGACAGUGUGGAGAAAUGCAGGAAGGUGUUGGAGUGUUUUCCUGUGCAGUGGUUCAGCAGUUUAAAAGGCCAACAGACUCUGCCACAGUUGGAGAAUUUAUGCCGCUACAUGAAGCACAUGGCCAGUUCACUGUAUCGUAGCAGCCUGACAGCUACUGAUCUGGACAAAAGGAUAGCAAGGGAGCACAUUAAGGAGGUGGUGAAGCUUCUAGGUCGACUUAAUGCUUUGGAUCAUGUAAUUGCUGUCGCCUCUGAGCAUGGAAUUAAAGACAUUAAGACUUUGCUGGAGAAUAAAUGAAAGAACUUGACCAUCCCUGAUUGAAGAUGUCUCAGGAUUGGUUCUCAGGGUGCACUGUGUAUAAAUUGUACAUACUGUACAUAUCUGUGCUUCAGAAAAUAGUUUUUUGAUGUGUUUUCAACUUUCCAAGGUGGAAUCUGCUCCGGUGUUCAGGUGGACAUACAUAAGAAUGAAUAACUUCACAAAGUUUGGAGGUUGACUUUAAUCUGCCGUGUACUCUAAGUUCAUAACUUGGCUUUUUUAUCCAUUUCAGUGGCAGAGACCCAGAUUUUAUUUUGUUUCAGUGACUCACCAACUUUUUAAUCAUGUCAGUAAAUUAUAUUUACCUGCUACGGUUUGAUUGGAUGCAGUUUGGCUGUAAUAAUAGUACUUAAUUCUUUUGACUGCAUGACAAACAUAAAUCUUAGUUCACCUCGGUUUAAAAUUUCUAAUAUUUUGUGCAUUUUUCCCCCCAGUGUUUUAUUAACCUGAAUAAAAAAAUUCUGUUGAAA